CACUGAGUCUCCAGGAAGCAGUAACAAGCAAGCACUGAGAACUGACACAGGCAGUCGGCAUGUGGCUUUAUGUAAUAGCAGGGCUACUGGCCACCCUUUUACUUGUCUGGAAAUGGCUACAAGGCCGAGCACCUAACCCUUUUGCUGUGGACACAAGAAGGCCCCCAAAACCUUUGGUUUUUGACAAAGGAGUGCGAAGAAAAGUGAUUAAAAAUGUUUUCUCCCCAGAGAAAGUCCCCCAGAAGUUGGAUGCCAUCAUCAUUGGUAGUGGUAUUGGGGGACAGGCAGCAGCUGCCCUCCUUUCUAAAGCUGGCAAACGAGUGCUCGUCCUGGAACAGCUGGGAAAACUUGGAGGUUGCUGUCACACAUUUAAUGAGAAGGGUUACGAAUUUGAUGUAGGAAUUCAUUAUAUUGGGCAGUUGAAUGAGCAAUCUCCAUUCAGGUUGAUUAUAGAUCAGCUAACAGAUGGACAACUGGAGUGGGCAAAGAUGGAUGACCCCUUUGAUGUGGUGCUGCUGGGAGACACAGGAAAUGGGCGCCGAUACAACAUGCACAGUGGGCAGCAAAGGUACACAGAGGAGCUGAAGAAGGCCUUUCCAGGAGAGGAAAAAGCCAUUGACAACUUCAUGCAUCUAGUCAAGAAAGUGGCCGGACGUGUCCAGGACAUGGUCAUCUUAAAGAUGUUGCCCCUGCCUGUUGCUCGUUUUUUAUGCUGGUCUGGUCUGGUGCAUAUGUUUUCUCCAUUCUUUCAAUACGCCCGCCGCAGUGUGUCAGAAGUGAUAAAUGGGCUUACUGAGAAUCAAGAACUACGUGCUGUAUUUGGUUACAUAUUUGGAACUUAUGGUGUAUUCCCAGACAAGGGGAGCUUUGCAAUGCAUUCUGUACUGAUUGACCAUUAUCUGCGCGGUGCUUGGUAUCCCAAAGGAGGAGCCAGUGAAAUCACCUUCCAUCUUGUGCCGGUCAUUGAGAGGGGAGGAGGAGUUGUUCUUUCAAGAGCUACAGUGGAGAAAAUUUUGAUCAAUGAGGACAGGAAAGCAUGCGGGGUUGUUGUAAGGGGCAAGGGGCUUGACCCUAUGAAUAUAUAUGCCCCCAUUGUGAUUUCCGCAGCUGGAAUCUUCAACACGUAUGAGAAGCUUUUGCCCCCUGAAUUGAAAGUAAUACCAGAAAUCCAGUCACAGCUCAGCAGGGUGAAGCACGGCCCAGGAGGCUUUAGCCUUUUCGUUGGAAUUAAAGGCACAAAGGAAGAUCUUAAUCUUCCAGCCACCAAUUAUAUCUACCUUCCAGAAAACAACCUGGAGAAGCUGGGAAAACGCUUUAAUGAUGCAUCCCCAGAUGAUGCUCCAAAUCAUAUACCAAUGUUGUACAUUUCCUCUCCAUCUGCAAAAGAUCCCACCCAUGAGGAGCGUUGUCCAGGGAAGUCCACUUUGACUGCUCUAACGUUUUCCCGAUAUGAGUGGUUUGAGGAGUGGAAGGACAAAAAAGUACAGAAGAGAGGAAUGGAUUAUGAGAGUACGAAGGGAGCUUUUGCUGAAGCCAUGCUUGAAACCGUUAUUCAGAUAUUUCCUCAGAUUCGAGAUAAGAUUGAUUGCUAUACCAGUGGCUCCCCGUUGACCAACGACCAUUACCUGGGUGCAUCAAGGGGCGAAUUCUAUGGGAUAGACCAUGAUAUUUCUAGGAUGAGUCCUGAAACUACCUUAAGUUUGAGAGCAGCUACCCCCAUAAAAGGACUUUAUAUGUCAGGUCAGGACAUUAUGCUGUGUGGAUUUGCAGGGGCACUGGGUGGAGCUAUGAUUUGUGCUUCUGAAGUCUUGGGGCGCAAUUUGUAUAUCGACCUAUUCAACCUGCGGAAGAAGAUAAAAAAGAAUACAGCCAAGAAAGUGGAGUGAUGUGAUUUCUGAUGAAGAAUGCACCACGUAGAGAAUAAAGUCAUAACAAAAAGACAGUUAUGAGGUGCAAUAAAUGUACCUUUUCUGUCACUGUUAUCCUUUUCAAAUGUUGGCCAAGUGUGAAGAUAAAUUUUAUCUUGGUAGAAUGAAUAUGAUGGUACAAAAAUGAUGAUAUAAACCAGAUUGAAUUUACCAGAUUUCCAUGUUCACCCUCAAAAGUGCCUACUAACAAUAUAUAUAUAUUACAGUGAAUGUCUCCCAGUUUGCAUCCAUAUACUGUAUCAUUAGAUACAUUUAAGAAACUGUUCUAGUUUUCCCUGUGGCACUGAACUGACUCAUACAGUAUUUCUUAUCAUUUUAAAAGGGAUCAUAACUUUUCUUGGUAAUUUUUUUAAUGAAUUAAAGAACACUUAUUUAGCA